GGUGCUGCAAGUCGUGGCCCAAAAGACAUCAUCCCCCAAAAUAGAGAAAGAAAGAAGUCCCAAUGGCCUCAUUUACUUGUGUUCAUCCUCUGCUCUUGUUGCUCUGUUCCGUCUUACUGUUGCCAACAACCACAACUUCUUCUGAGAGCAACAAAGUUAGAGUUGAUGUCUACUAUGAAACCCUGUGUCCCGACAGUGAAGAUUUCAUCGUGAAGGAUCUGAUCAAGCUCUUUGAAAGUGGGCUCAUCUCCAUAGUUGAUCUCAAGCUCUAUCCCUACGGCAACGCCAAGCUUGGAUCCAACAACACCAUCUAUUGCCAGGAUUCACAAAUGGCGAAAUUAACGCUUCACUGACAACCUCAUAAUCAUAAGACCGGAUAAGCUCUUCUGUUCUUUCUCAGUUUUCUUAUUGCUUCAAUGGCUUCCUCUCGCACAGAAAGUAGAACCCUUUGUUUUUCUCUUCUCCCCUGCCUCUUGUUGUUUGCUCUGUUCGCACCCGCUUCUUCUUCUGCUAGAACUCUGCCUUCUGAUUCUGGAAAAGUUUCGUUGGCUUUGUACUAUGAGUCCCUUUGCCCUUACAGCGCCAACUUUAUUGUCAAUUACCUGGUCAAGCUCUUUGAAGAUGACCUCAUUUCCAUUGUUGAUCUCAAGCUUUCUCCUUGGGGUAAUGCCAAGCUCAGAAGCAAUGACACCUUCAGUUGCCAGCAUGGUCCAUCUGAAUGCUUAUUAAACACCGUGGAAGCCUGUGCCAUCAAGAUCUGGCCUGCACUGAAUGAUCAUUUUCCUUUCAUUUAUUGCAUUGAGAGUUUGGUUUACGAGCACAAGUAUCCCCAGUGGGAGUCAUGUUAUGAGAAACUGGGCUUGGAUUCAAAACCUAUUGCUGAAUGCUACAGUAGUGGACUGGGCAAAGAGCUUGAACUACAAUAUGCAGCUGAAACCAGUGCUCUCCAGCCUCCACAUCAGUAUGUGCCAUGGGUAGUUGUAGAUGGACUGCCAAUUUAUGAGGACUACGAAAACUUUCUGACCUAUGUCUGCAAUGCUUAUAAUGGCACCGCUGCCCUCAAGGCUUGCAGCAAACUAUCCCUUAAUACCAUCCAAAAGGCAAGCACUAAAUCUACCCUUUCAGUUGGUUGUAACGAGGGAAAGAUGCCAGCAUUAUUCGGAAGAAUAAGAUCAACCCUAACAUCGUGGAUGCGUCAGAUGAACAUGGCAAUUUGGAUAUAGAUGUCUCGCAAUUCCAUAUCCAUUUUAAUCCAGUCAUCAACGGUAUGGUGCAGCUUUUGCUCGUAUUUCCCAUUUCCAGUAGAUUGCAGUUACUUGUGAGUUGGUUGGUACCGAACAAAGAGACUUAAUGUGCUGUUAAUGUGUCCUUAUCUUUACUAAUAAAUAUACAGGAAUAGUAGUAUAUAUGGUGUAAAUGGAUCAUGUUUAUGUAGGAGCUAGUAGAUUUUAAUAAAUUGAAAGACUUUGUUA